GCCCGUGCAUUUUUUAAAAUGGCGGAUUGCAAUGAGCGACUUUUUCAAAAUGUACAAGUUUGAGUCCGUAUUUAAUUGUGUUUACUGAGUUGUACGAAAGAGAAAUGAUUUAGUAUAGUAGCAUUGUAUAAAAGAAAUACCAAAAUGGCCGAAAAGAAGCCGGAUGUAAAAAAAUUAGCCCAAACAAUGCAGGGUAAGUGAAUGAAAUUUCUGACAGUUCACGUUUUGUUUUAAGAAUGUGGAGGAUGCGGGAAUGGAUUUACUGGGGGGGGGGGGGAUUCGCACACCCCCUCCCUAGCCCUGGCCAGAGGGGUGCAGGGGGAUGAAAUUGCAGUAGUCAAGCAACUGAAGCAAGUUGAUGGAUGGGCGGCACACAUGACCAAUACAACUCUGCACCAGAGCUGGCAGAGCAUUCCCUCCCCCCUACCACUGUGGCCUUCAACAUUUAUACAAGUAUGGCCUACUUUUUGUGGAAAUUUGAUUUAAUUGUGCCCCACUUUAUUAUUUUACUCCGUCUAAUGCAAGAUGGUUUUACUCAUCAAGGGCAAAGCAUUGGCAUGGCUAAGAGUCAGGGUUAUAUAAACAUCUUAUAAUCUGUGAUAAUAAUAUAACAUUUUUACUUUGUUGUUGCAGGGUUGGCAAGUAAAAGAGGAAGUUCAUUGCCAAGGUUUUGUAUUCUCUUGAUUGCCAAUAUGACAUAUAAAAGAGGCAGAUGACAUAUCUGGACAUGUGGAUGCUGUAAAGUCUGUAAUGAAAACAAACGCUUUGUUUACAUUCUGAACUCAGUGCUAAAUAUGAUUAGAUAUAUAUUAUGCUAACUUUUUAACACUCUUCUGGUUCGCUAUGCUUGUAAAUGAAUACAGACUAGAGAUUCAAUUCAAGAAAGUUCGUAAGGUGCAAAAUAUUAGCAACAUUCCAACGGUCAGGUCCCGACCACUGGAAUGUAGGCCUUCGUAGAACAGACUUUACAGCAUCUUUAAUAAUGCCUCCAUAUUUGCAUUGUGUGACAUUUGAUGUAAAAUUACCAUAUUGUGUUAAAGAUCACCAACUUUUAUUAUUUCAGGGGCAGACUUCAAUCAUUGCGAACACCGCGAGAUUUAAGCCUUGGAGGAACAACCAAGGUAUUCUCUAAACAUUACUUAUAUUUUUUGAGACCUAAUGAGUUGUGGCCAUUCCAGAAAUCUUCCUGACUUCUGCCGAAGAGGAAAUUGGAAAUUAAUCCUCCCAUCAGAAGUACAUCCCCCCACUCUGUGGGGAGAGUGUGGACCUUUUCUGGAACGAAUUUUUUUUCCCAUUUCCAGCGAACAUAUGCACCAACGAUACCUGUGCGAAGAAUUAAAAAAGAGUAGGUUGACAUUAACAUGAUGAAUAAUAAAUGAUUAUGUGUAAUGUAGAAUGAGCUAGCUAUUGGCCUGUACUAAUAUCUUGUGUUUAAUUGUUUUCAUUUCAGACCAAAAGAUGCACCUUCAGAGGUAAAGUCA